AUGGCCAGCAUGGCGGUUCAGCUCCUCGGUUUCUUCUUGGGCCUGCUGGGGUUUGUGGGAACCGUGGCUGCGACUCUGCUUCCCCACUGGCGCAGCACGGCCUAUGUGGGCGCCAACAUCAUCACAGCCACUGCCUAUAUUAAAGGCCUGUGGAUGGAGUGUGUGUGGCACAGCACUGGCAUUUACCAAUGUGAGGUGUAUAGAUCUCUGCUGGCGCUGCCACAGGACCUGCAGGCUGCCCGGGCUCUCAUGGUGCUCUCCUGCAUCACCUCAGUCCUGGCAUGUGUGGUGUCUUUGAUGGGGAUGAAGUGUACCCGCUUCGCACGUGGCUCCAUGAUCAAGUCUCCGCUGGCGAUGAGCGGAGGGAUAUGUUUCCUCUGUGCAGGCGUCCUCUGUCUAGUCACCGUAUCCUGGACCACCAAUGAUAUCAUAAUGGACUUCUACGACCCCUUCCUCCCCAUCGGGCUGAAGUAUGAGAUCGGCCUGGCCGUGUACCUCGGAUACGCCUCAGCCUGCCUCAGUCUGAGCGGAGGGCUGGUGCUGUGCUGGAGCAGCUGUGGUGACAGGUCACGGAGUCCACCUCGUAUUCAGAGGAGUCAACCAUCAUCGCCUCCUCCUGCCUUCAACCACAUAUACCCCCCUGCUCCACCAUACAAGCCCCCUGAGGCCUUGAAGGACAAUCGUACUCCAUCAAUUAGCUCCCUUUCCAGCAAUGGAUACAGGCUCAAUUACUAUGUCUGA